AUGGAGGCAAUACUAUCGAAGUUACUUGUAGCCGAUAACGCGUUGAUACAACAGGGCACAGCUGAACUUAGGGAAGCUUUUAAAGACCCUCAAUGCACAGCAGCAUUAUGUCAGCUCAUUGUGGCAUCAAGAAAUUCUCAGAUAAGGCAAUAUGCAGCUGUGCUACUUAGAAAGCGAUAUAGCAAAGGAAAGCAUUGGACCAAACUGCCACAACCUGUACGCACUGAAUUCAAAAUAUUAAUUUUACAGGCUUUAACUCAUGAACCAGAGAAGUAUGUGAAGAAUUCAAUUGCCCAGUUGAUAGGCGUGAUUGUAAAACAUGAAAUAGGAAACAAUGGGUGGCCAGAAGUUUUACAAUUUGUACAGCACUUAGUUACCAGUGAAAAUUUAGCAGACAAAGAGUUAGGAAUUUAUACUUUGUCAAUUAUGACUGAUAUUGCACCUGAUGCAUAUCAUGAGCACGCUGCGUCACUUGCAGUUCUCCUAGGACAAACGUUAAAUAGUUUACAAGAUUUAGGAAGUCCUAUAGCAUAUUACAUUUUGAGAACAAUGCAGAAUCUUGUUCCUUUGGUUAAAGGUAAUCAGAUGAUGAUAAAUGCUUAUCGUCAAAUGAUGCCACAAGUGAUGUUAGUAAUUCAAUCUCUUAGCACUAUUGAUGAAGAUAGAGCAAUUUUAUGUUACGAAUUAUUAGAUGAAUUGUGCGAGAAUGAGAUUGCUGUGAUAACUCCUCAUGUUAAACCUCUUGUUAAUAUGUGCAUUGCUAUUGGUUCUAACAAGUCAUUGGACGAUUCCAUCAGAGUUAAAGCAGUUGGUUUUAUCGGCUGGUUGGCGAGAACAAAGAAAAAAGCCAUGAUCAAACAUAAACUUGUCGAGCCGAUCUUAGAUUUAUUAUUCAUGCUCAUGUCUACGAAACCCGAGGACGAGGAUGAUGAAGUCUACUUCAAUGGUGAUAAUGAAGACAAUACGCCUGUAACUUGCGCUACCCAGACACUAGAUUUGCUUGCACUCAACUUGCCCCCAGAGAAAUUAAUUCCCCAAUUGCUACGGUAUAUAGAACCCAGUUUACAAGGGAACGACGUAUAUGCAAAGAAAGCAUCUUACUUAUCGAUGGCGGUAUUGGCUGAAGGGUGUUCAGAGUAUAUCCGUAGCAAAUAUCUCGAAUCUUUCUUACGGUGCACUUGUCAAGGGAUCGCUGAUUCCGAUCUUGUAGUACGAAACGCUGCCCUCUUCGCCCUUGGACAGUUCUCUGAAUACUUACAGCCGGACAUUUCUCAGUAUUCGUCUGAUCUGUUGCCAGUAUUAUUUGAAUACCUCAGUAACAUAAGCACGUAUGUUAGGCCAAACAAAAAGGAUCCACCUUUCGUUGAUCGCAUGUUUUAUGCACUGGUCGUAUUCUGCGAGAACUUGAAUGAAAACCUGUUGCCAUACUUGCCGACUUUGAUGGAAAAACUUUUUGAACUUCUUAAUUCGGAUGCCUCGUUUCACGUUAAAGAACUUUGUCUAAACGCCAUAGCUUCGGCUACCCUGGCAAGUAAAAAACAAAUGUUGCCAUAUUUCGAGAAGGUCGUGACCAUUCUUAAUGGUUACCUCUCGGAAAAGCAGACCGACGAAACCAUGGCUCUUCAAGUACAAGCAGUUGAUACUCUAGGAGUACUAGCAGGGUCGAUAGGAGAGACGAAUUUCGCACCAUUGGCAGAUAGAUCACUCGAAUUUGGAAUAAAGUUGUUAAAAGAAACAGAAGAUCCGGACUUGAAGAGGUCGAUUUAUGGAUUGUUUGCUUCGAUUAGUACUAUAAUGAAAAGUAAAAUGGCAGAUGCAUUGCCAGAAAUUAUUGAAUAUCUAUUGACGAGCGUACAGAGUUCAGAAGGCAUUGUGCCUCAUUUUAAAGAAGACGAAAGUUCUGCUUUUCCGGUGUACGAAGAUAUUAGUGAUAAUGAAAAUGAUGAAGAGGACAUCGAAAAUACCGAUAACGAAGAAGACGAUGACGACGACUUAGCGGGUUACAGUGUUGAAAACGCGUACAUUGACGAAAAGGAGGAAGCAAUUCUGGCGUUAAAAGAAAUUGCAGAACAUACCGGAGAAGCAUUCCUGCCAUAUCUUGAAAAAUGUUACGAGGAAACUUUCAAGGUGAUCAAUUAUCCGCAAGAAGACAUUUGCAAAGCUGCGAUCGAAGCCAUCGUACAGUUUUGCAUCAGCUUUUCAAAAAUUAAUACCAACGAGGGUAAACAAGCACUGUUGAAAGCUCUCUCUAUAUUUGUUCCAAAGUUAUCCGAAUUGAUAAGAUUGAGCCCCGAACGGACAGUCGCUAUUUGUGGUCUGGAUGCUUACACGAAACUUCUGAAAGAAGUAAAAUUAGAUGUUCUCGUUGGAGAAGGUCAUAAAGAGGCCAUAAUGAAUUGUGUCAUUGCCAUUAUAUCAGGCUCAACUGCGUGUCAAGAUGAAGAAGAAGCUGAAGAUUUAGAUACUGAAGCUGAACAAGACGAAUUGCUGGUUGAAUGUGCCGGAGAGCUAUUAGCUAACUUUGGAAAAGUAGUCGCAUCGGAAGACUUCGAACAUUGUUUUCGUACUGUAUUGCCAAUGCUCUUGGACAGAUUGAAAAAGAACAAAUCUGAAGGUCAAAGGUCUUUCGCAGUUGGUACGAUCUCUGAAUGUUUCGGAGGACUUGGAGAUAGAGUAACUAAUUUCGUUUACCAGCUUCUGCCCAUGUAUUUGAAACUUUCGGAAGAUCCAAGUGAUGAAGUUGCUAAUAAUGCGAUCUACGGGCUUGGUGAAUUAGUGUUACAUGGGAAAGAAGUAGUUUAUCCGCAUUACGAAAGUAUUUUGAACGUGUUGUCGGCAUUGGUUUGUAAAGUGUCCCACGCAGGGAUUCGCGACAACAUAGCCGGAGCUAUUGCUCGAUUUAUAAUCACUAAUUACUCAGGAAUACCGCUUGAACAAGUGUUCCCAGUCUUUGUCGAACAGUUGCCACUGAGAGAAGAUUUCGAAGAAUAUACGACAGUGUUUAAAAGUGUGUUAACGCUGUACCAAGCCGGUCAUCCUGUCCUAAAACAGCACAUGGCUGCGUUACUUAAAAUUGCAGUCGGUGUGUUACACGACAAUAAAGCUACUGAUGACGAAGCGAAAGGUAUCAUAAUGGAAUUCAUCAAAAGCGCUAUACGAGAUUUUCCAAGUGAAUGGUGCACCGUGUACGCCGAACUUCCGGCAGACGUCGUGGAAAACAUUCAACGUAUCUUCUCGUAGGUCUUGAUACUCGAUACUCUGUAAACAUGCGUCAUAUUUUAUACUACAAAAAGAAACACGGAUUGAUAAGCGGUGUUCUCGUUAAAAAGUGAUAUAUGUCUCAUUUUUAAGUUAAAUUAAAUAAACGACCAUUUUUAGUAUGGAUAAAUAUAAUUACAUUUUUUUUCAUACAUUCAGAUGUACACAUUGUCACGAUCAUGUAAGUUAUAGUAUUUCUUGUUGUGCUUAUAUAAUAUCAAUCAAUCAGAAAGUGCAAUUACUCAAAUCAGUAAUGUAAUAGGAUCUCGUUCUAGACUUCUUGGACGCUCGAGUUUCAUGCUAGAAUACAUUUCAUAUGGAUGUACAUAUAUACAUAUGUAUUGAUUGGACAAUCUGUAUUUUAAAUUCUAGUCCAUCCAGCUUUUUACAGUUUUUU